UGGUCAACACUGCUUAGGUCCCCUUUAAAGCAACCGUGGAAACACAAACGUUUUUUAAUACGCAUUAAGCUCGAGGCGGUGCGUAGAAGCGAAUUCGUGUUUAAUUUAGUUUAGACUCAGCCGCUUCACGAAGCAUUAAACAAAAGUUGCAAUAUUCAGCGCAAGCUUGCUUAGCUUUAGCCAAACGUAUAAAAAUUGUAGCAAAUCGAGUGCAGCGUCGGAGAAACAGCGCCAAACAAAAGUAAAACGCAUUUUCCUACGCAUACACUAACACCCAAGCGAAUACACACAUAUUUACAAGGAAGGGCCGAAUAAAACCUCUGACUAAAAAUUCCUGAAAACAAAGUUUUGAUUUAAUCCGAGUAAAAGCAAAAACAAGUUAUCUUUAGUGUUGACGUGUUGAGCAUUCAACACGCUUACCCACACACAAAAACAAAAUGUCUACGACACCAAAAUCUACAGAAGAUUUGCUUGGUGAAUCUUGGAUCGAGUUGAGCACAACAGCUGCCAUGGCUGGGAUCAAGAGCCCCGACAGAAUCACCCCCUUGCCGUUCAACAAUGGGGAGGAGUAUCUGCGCCUUCUGCGCGAGGCCCAGCGCGAAUCGAACCAGUCCAGCCGGGUGGUCUCGUUGGCCAGCUCGCGUCGUGAUACGCCCCGAGACAGCCCCAAGAGCCCACCGAACAGCCCCCAGUCGGAGCUCUGUCCGGACGAUGAGCUCAGAAACGUCUAUAUCAACUACUGGACCAAGGCUGGAGAUAAACAGAACCCAGACAACGGAGACUGGCUGAAGAGCUUUAAUCGCAAUGCCGAGGAGCAGCCACCCAAGAGCUGGAACUUUGAGCCUGUGAGCGCCGAUGCUGGCGAUGAGGAGGAGAAAAAGAAGACUACCACUGGCUACUCCAUUCGCUUGAAGCGCUUGGGCGCCAACUCCUUGUUCUCCCGCGAAAUUCUAUACUCGCUGCUGGUGACCAAUGUCCUCUCGUUGCUGUUGGGCGCCGGUUUCGGAUUGUGGCUGAGCAAGCGUGGCAUACUCCUUACCCGUGUGGUCAUUGACUGAAAGAUGCCAUAAACAAAAAAAAAAGCAACAGAAAAAAAAUAUAUAAACGAUUUCAAUCUAUCAAUAUGCACAUCAAUCGAAAACAGAACAUUGAAGCGCGUUCCAUAUAAGAAGUCGGAGUAUACAUAUAUAUAUAUAUACAGCCAACCGUAUUCCAGUUCACUUGAAUUUCUCAACGAAAGUCCAUUCGUCACCUUCUCAUUAAAUGCAUUACUUUAUAACAACGUAA